CACGCCAUAUACCCUUCGGGAGGUCUGCGGUAAGGGCUCUAGCCCGGCCGCCACGGCGUUAAAUACAACAACAACAACAACAUCAUCCAGUCGCUCUUCGCCUUCAUCUGGAGACGAUACUACCGAGGUACCUCAGUCACUAAGUCGGGGAGUCUCUUCCUCCAUCGUAAUCCCAUAUGAGAAUACAACGUCUACGAGCUGUGGACCUGCGCAAGCAGCACACGAAAUGGCUUCAUAUGAGUGCAUCUAUGGCAUUCCCCAGAGCUUGUUAGUCCUUCUUCAAAGAACCAUCGAUCUGAUCGACAAGGUCGAUGCUGCGAGGAACAAACACGUUAUCACAACGAUACCGAGAGACUUGGAGAGAAUGUGCGAUGAUGUUGAAAAGGAUAUUUUCGAUUGGCCACUCGACUUGGAGCUCUCCCAGUAUCGCGACUCCAACAUUGGCACGAGCUUCGACAUCAUUUACUACCAAACCCGUUCAUUUCAUAACGCCCUCAUCAUUUACUUCUCCCAGAAUGUCAGACUACUUAGUCAUCGAUAUCUCCGUCAGUAUGUGGCAGAGAUCCUACAUGAUAUUGAGGCUAUAGAAGCCAUCAAGACCGAAACUAAGCUACUCGCUGCACCCCUGUUCUGGCCGGCUUUCAUGGCGGCAACGGAAGCCCAUGACCAGCAUCUCCAAGACCGAUUUCGCUGCUGGUAUGAGAAAGUUGCGGUUUAUGGUAUCAAAGCUGUUAGAACGGGGACUCAAGUUGUGUAUGAAGUGUGGAAACGAGGGCCCACGUCUGAUGGUCGUGUAACGAGCCAGUGGCGUUCAGUCGUGGAAGAAACAAGGGUGACUUUGAUGCUGACAUGAUCCGUGGCUGGUAUCGAAGGCCGAGCUCAGUCCCAGAAGCCCGUAUGACCUAGUGUUUAAAUCGAAUGUCCUUGCGGCUACUACCCUGGUCCUUUGUCGUCUCGAGGUAGUGAAUCUUCUCCUGUAACUCGCUAUCAGCUCUGGGGCUCAUAAAGGCCCUGGCACGACUUACUUCUUCUGUCAUUGCGUUCCAUUCUUUUUCUCUCUUCUUGUUGCACCACAUGUAGAAUACCUUAGCGAUAAGAUAGACGCAAAUGUUCAUGCAGCAAAUUCCAAUGAGAACUCGGUUUCCACGUCGGUCUUCCAAAUCAG